AUGUCUACCCACCAAGGAGACGGCAACGGCGGACUCUCAGUAACCAAACAGAUGCGCAACAUCCUGGACCAGCCUGGCUACCUAUCCUUCGAAGUGGGCGGCGAAACUCUUCGAGUACUUUAUAACGACAUAUCCACCUCCUUUGACCCUCAAAAGCUCACUUAUUUCGGACUAUGCUGCUACCUGGGAGACUACCUCAGAGUCGUCAAGUCGAAUCUGGAGACACCCCCUCCCUCGAAGGUACAGAGACGCCAUACAGGUUUGGGUAUCUCACCAUCUUGUCCGGCGCGCAACGCUUGCAAACAGCCAAUCCCCAGCAUAUCGGCGUCCUCAAAUAUCUCAUAUCUCGCGGCGCGCCUGUAG